AAAGUUAUGUUGGGCUUUAUUACUUUUUUUUACCGAUUUUUGUACAAUUUAUAAACAUUUAGUAAUUUGCAUUAACAUGAUGUUGAUCACAUUGUAUGUGAUGCGGAGUAAAUAAAAUCAGGAGCCGUAUUUAGCAUAAAUAUAUGUAGUAAAUAUUAUGUAAAAAAAUGAUAAUUAAAAUAUACAAAUUAUAAACAAAAAAUUGACAUAUGUUUAAUAAAAAUAAUAAAAUAAAAAUUCGCUAUAUUUAGGUCAUUCAACUUGUGUCACGUGUUGGUUGUGACCGUAACUAUGACAACAUCAACGCGAUGGACGGACAGCUUCCAUUUUCCUUUGCUUGCUAUUUACCGUUAUUUCUCUUUAAUUUACCGAUAGCUGACAUUGAAAUGAGAUAAUGGCUGUACUAUCUAGUAUUAAACUUCUUAAAUGGACUUGACAUGAUGGUAUAGUUAGCUAAACAUUUUGAUGUUGAGAUGAAACCUUUCGUUAAAGCUGAACUGCUGUCACAAGGUCCGUUAAUACAGAACAGUAAAGACACGCGACCGGGUCAACCUUCAGAAGACGCCUCGAGUUCUCCGCGGUCCGAUUGUAACACAACUGAUAAAUGCAAAGUUUUUUCAGCAGGACACAAAUGCUCAUACAGUCCGACACGUAAGUUGGCACUAAACUUCACAGAAGGAUUCCAUGGAUUUAACAUCACAUAAUGUAAGCUCUAUCAAUGAAGGGUCUUUCCUUCCAUUUUUAGCCAAAGACCGUUCAACAUUGACCAAACAUACUGGUCAACACUUUUUAUUUGAUAAAAGAUGGAGAAAUGGAAUCUACACCACAAAUGCUAUCGCAGAUGAUGUUGUAAUCAAACAAAAUUUCACGAAACCUCUACCCUAUCCGGAGUUCCAUGUUUAUCGCUCUCACAAUUUAAACAGAUUUGCCCACCGCAAAGAGUUUUCCAUGGGCAACCCAAAACCUCUUAUUUAUGGUGCUGAUUAUCUCACAUCAUUUCCAUCAGUCCUGUUACCAGCUAUCACCCCAUCGGCCAGUGAAAGGAUCUAUUUAUCUCAAAACUAUAAAAACAGGUCAAGGAUGAAAAACAGAGCACGUAAUCUCUUCACUACUGGUGCUAAAAAGAAAACUCAAUCCUACCCUGAUCCACUCCUGGGUGCCACGGCCUCCUUUGUUCAGAGGCUGUCGGACAUCUCCUCUUUGGAGGCGGAAACUGUCCGACAGGAGAAAAUGAGAAGACUUAAAAAGAUCAAUAGGCAGGACUCUUAAUUAAGAGUUUAUUAACCAAAGAGGAAGCACACAGCUGAAUUGAGAACUGUGCCAAGGCUGUGUAAAGGUGAAAAACUGAUGAAUAAACUGAAUACAGCAAAAAUGUGCUGUAACUAAAGUCAUUAUAAAGGAAUACAUUGCUGGUGUAACUACUGUACCACUUAAAAUAAUAUAAUAUCAUGUGUUUUGUUUUACUUUACUGAACAAAUUAAGUUAAAUCAUUUCAACUUGUUUAUCGGCUAUGUCAACAUGAACUAGUCUAAAUAUUAGGUUCUAGUGAAUUGCAUAACCUUUGUUUUACAGUGGCACUGUUAGAUUUUAAAAUAAGAUUCAUUAAAAAAUUUACUUACUGUAGAAAAACAUUGUUAGUUCAACUUAAAAUAGGAAGUUACUUGGCUGCCUUAAAAUUUUGAGUUAAUUCAACUUAUAUAUUGUUUUUUUCCCGUUAACUUAUAUUUUAACAUUGUUGUGUGUUCGCCAAGAAUAAUUGCCUUAAAUUACAAUUAUGUUUCUAUUAUAGCACUUACUGUAAGAUAUCUGUAUUAUGUGAUAAGUUUUGAAAAAUGGGUUAUGUAGGAAAUGGGAAAAUACUUGCUUUGAGGGCCUGAACAUUUUAAGGAAGUGUUUCUUAAAAUAUAAUUGAAUACUUUUAUGUGCAGCACAGUACACAAAUGGCAGUAGCACAUUGUGGAGCACAAUCCAAAGUGUGCAGGUUUUCAUACAUUUGCCCUCGGCUGGACCCUUACAGAACAGCCAUCUUGUGCAUGUUAUAGCCUGCUAGUAUUAUAUAUGUCUUUUACAUUUUUCAAAGAAUAAGAGAUAUUGAGUUAUUUUUACAUAAUUUUGUUUGUCCAUUAGGACUUAUAUUGAAAGCUAUAUAAAAUGUAAACUUUAAAUGUUUAAUAUAAAGGUACUGUUUUUGCUGAAUAUCUAAAAGAUAUCAAAGAUACACAUUUAAAAAAAAAUGCGUCUCUGCACACAAAUCAUGUUAGCUUGUUUUUCUAAUACCUUGGCUAAUAUGUACUGUAUGUAUUAUUAUUAUUAUUAUUAUUUUAUUAUGUGUCACGUGUUUCCUUUUUGUUUUUAAACAAACCUGUCAAAAUAACAUCUAUAAAACUAUUCAAAUCAUGCCAGCUGAAAAUUCUUUUCUGUUAUUGUGAAGAACAAUUCAGUUACUGUAUUAAUGAAAUAAUAUAUUUUGCCAAUAUAAUAAUAUAAUUAACAAGAACAUGUUAUAUAAUUUUUGCAUGUGCACAUACCUUGACAUUUCCAUGAUUAUUUCAGAGUUGAAAAAUGAUGUAGGGCCAUAUUAUAAAACUCUCUGGGUUACCGUACUGAAAUAAAAUUAAUACACCAAAGUGCAAUAAAUAAAUAUUACACAUAAGUCUAUAGUUUUAAAUACAGUUCAGUUUUGAAAUAAUAUUGCAAGUAAUAACUUCAAAUUUUGUGUGAACUGCUCUUUAACAAGUGCAACAAUCCUUUUUUCUGACAAAAGAAAUUAUUAACAAAUUGUGAUCAGCAUAUUCUUAUGUAGUGCUAUGGUCAGACAAAGGUACAAGCUUCAGUUCACCCAAAACUAAUAUUCUGUCAUCAUUUACUCAUCCUCAUGUUGUUCUAAACCUGUAUAAGGUUUUUUUAUUCUGAUGAACACAAAAGAAGAUAUUUUAAUAAAUGAUGGUGAGCACACAGCUAAUUGUAACCAUUUGACUUCCAUAAUAGGAAAAACAAAUACGAUGGAUUUAAAUGGGUACCGUCAACUGUGUGCUUACCAUAUUUUAUCAAAAUAUCUUCUUCAUCAUUUAUCACAAUACUUUCAUAAUAUUUGUUUUCCUAUCGAAGUCAAUGGUUAUAAUCAACUGUGUGCUUACCAUCAUUUAGCCAAAUAUCUUCUUUUGUGUUCAAAAAUGUCUGAAUAGUGAUCAAAAGUGUGUAAAGCAGGCUAUAGACAGUUUCAUCGGGCGCACGUGCGGUGACGCGAUAAGCGUCUGGUUUACUUGCGGUUUCUGUUUGUUUAAUGGUCUGACUAGUUGCUGAAACUAAACUCUUAAACAAAUACCUGUUCGAAAAUGUUUUGUAUUCCUAUGUAAUCUACGUCUUGUUUAUUUUG